UUUAAAAAAGUAUAUACGAAAACCAAUGAGAUUUAUUAUUUUCAUCAUCAAAAUGGCAAAGUAUAUAAAUUGAGCAUCGCAUGUGGUUAAACAAAUCAGUUCACGUUUAGUGCUCAAACGCUUCAAAGUAAACAUAUCUUUAGUAAAAAUGAAAUUGUUGGUCUGCUGUAUGUUAUUGGUCGCUUCCACGCAAGCAUUCAGCUUUGCGCGUGAACGUGAUGCUAAUGCCAGGAUUUUACGAUCUGACAACGAUAUCUACCCAGACGGCAGUUAUCAGUACGGAUACGAAGCUGAUAAUGGAAUCGAAGUCGAAGAGUCAGGAGUUGCCGGUGUAUCAGUUUCCGGUUCAGCCAAAUGGGUCGAUAACGAUGGAACACCCAUCGAAUUGACCUACACUGCUGACGAAAAUGGAUAUCAUCCACAAGGCGCUCAUCUUCCCGUAGCUCCUCCAAUUCCAGAUUAUAUCUUGAGAGCUUUAGCUUACAUUGAAUCGCACCCAAACAAAAACGAUCCUUACGCUUAUGUGCACCAACCUGAUCCAGUCUAUGAGACAAAGGUUUACACACCGAAACCAGUCAAAUCCACCUAUCAAGCAUUUGCCAAACCACAAGUCUACAGAUCACCAUUCGCUACAACUAGCAGGCCACAAACAUACCGGCAAUCUAUUGCUAAUCGGGGACGAUACCAUUUCUAAAUAAGUUGUUUGUGUAAUUGAGUGAAGAAAGACAUUUAGUCAAAAUAUACGAGAUACGUGAGAAAAAA